UUUAGUUUUCAAACACCCUUUUAACUGUGCUGAGUAGUAUUUUGGUGGACGAUAUCAUAAGCUGAGGCGGUAAGCUAACCAAAGACGGACAAUUUGCAAUACACACAUACACACACACACACAGUUGUAGACAUCUUGCUUAAUAUUAUUUGCGUUUUUACAUAAUUCAUGUCAGUACAUAAUUAACUAAUCUUAGUUUGUGUUUUUGCUAUAAUCUAUGGCUGUGUGUCAAAAUCUAGUGAGCUGCCUACCUAGGCAGCAUUAUAUCUGCUACCUGUAUGAUGUCUUACAACGCUGACUAUCUAGUGAACUUGACAUCAUGCAAUUAAUAGUUGCCCAUGCUUAAAAACCUCAUUUUUAUGUGGUCAGUGGCUUUUUCCAAUACAUUCUCUUUUGCAAGGCUUUUGUUGAAAUGACUAUCGACCUGAUCUGUGGGUCAGUGACAAUAUAACACAUUUUCCAGGUCAUUAUUGAUUAUGAGGGUUGGUAGUCAUAUAAGGUGAUGUUCAGAUAUCAUCUUUCAUCUAUAUAAGUGUGCAGUUGGAUCACUCAUUAGGAUGUCCUGUGAAUGAAACCGUGUUGGACAGCAGGAGAUCCUGGAAGAAAAGAAGAUUAUGUCUUGUGUAAUGAGGCUUGUGUACAAGUGACUCGAGGUCACUGGUUUCGGUCAGUGUGUGACAGCAAACCCAGGUCAGGGAUUGUAGGGGGAUGGGGUUUAGAAAUUGUAUACAGAAAACUUUAUAGAAGAGAAUACAGGAGAGCAUACUAUAUUUAAAGACACACCCUUUCCUGGUGAGUCAGAUGUUGUGACAUAGGGCAGCAAGAGAAUGAUCAGGUUUCAACACGAUGUGUACACAGAAGUAGUUUUCACAAUGCAAUGCAACUGCACUUUUUCACACAUGAUGGUAUGUGUUAUCUUGUGCAUAUGAUUAAGCUGCUUGUACAGGACAUGGAACAGGUACCUUCAAGAAUGGUAGGUGCAAAUAUGUGGUCAGAUCAUGUCAAUUCAUAUCUCAUGUGUGUAUUUAUCUCCUAGAUACCGAUCAGGCCUGCUAAUAGGAAUCAGAAAUGAGGAAGGCAGCUUUUUAGAAGCACACACACUCAUCAGUUUCAUCCAUGUGCCUUGGAGGAAGAGGAAGGGCUGCGUGGGACACUAAGUAGGGUUAAAGUGGUUUUGGACGCUGAUGUGUCACCAAGACUUGGAGUUUUCGGCCCUGGACAUGGAUAGAUCACGUGCAUUUACGAUGGUGGAUACACACUCAGGUGCAGGCGCAACAUUUUUGCGUACAUAAACCUCUGAAAACUGGCACAUUACCAUAUGGAUAUCCAAACCUACAAUAUUCACGAGAUUGUAACCUGGGAAACCCAUAUUUUCUGCUCUUUUUUUUUUUUUUUUUUUUUUUUUUUUUUUUUUGUGGCCAGUUGAAGUUUCCUUUAUUACUAAAGUCUGAGCAUAGAUCACCUUGGGCUGGAGAAUGAGUUCUCAUUCAGGACACGAGACAUCAAGAGCUGUGUUUGUUUUUAUUUUGUAUUCCUAGUUGCUGUCUUUUUUUAGACGGAUUGUUCCAAGGGGAAUCUCGACUCCCAUUGAGUCAUAUUUUCUUUUUAUUUUCUUUGGUUUUUGUUUCAUACUUGUCUCAAAUUUCUGUUAUCUUUUCCUUUUUGUAGUCUGACGUCAUGCUCACAUGCACUCAUCUGCUGUGAUGCUUUGAGAGAUAUGAAAUCAGUCUCUGUGCGGAUGCCUGAACUCAAACUGCUGCUUCCCCUUGAGCUCUUUUCUGUGUAACCUGCACUAAAAGAGCUUUGCUGUCACUAGAUUUUCUUUAUAUCAACCAAACUUUGUUGCAUUCAAGCCAUAUGAACUUAUUUUUGAUGAAACUAGAGCUAUUUUUAUAUUACAGUGCAGUCAUAGUAUCACAUAUUACGUAUAUAUAAAUGUAAUCUAUUUUUUAUGUUUUGGCACAGAUAUCUGUGGAGAAGCACGUGCACUAUUUUACGUUCACUUUUUAUUUAGAAAAGGAAUGCACCUUGGUUUGUAAGAACAUAAUCCUAUGUAUACACAAUUUUUGUUUUUUUGUUUUUUUUUUGCAACAUCUGUUCCACAGAAGUUAUUGUUACCAUGGCUACACGCUGUUCUCUCUCUCUGAGCCCUCCUCCCAUCCCUCUGUUUUUGUGACGCCUCCAAAUGCCUGUGGGUCUCAGUGUGGGCGGGGCUCUCGGAGACCCCUCCCCAUCCCUGCCGUUCCGCCCCAGCCGCUAUGUGCCUGUGUCAGCAGCAACAGCCUUCCUUGUUGGGGCCACGACUCUGUUUCUCUGUUUCACGUGUCCUUGGCUAUCAGAGCGUUUCUCCUCUUCCAUUCUGCUUUAUAAUGCUGUUGUCUUCCUCUUUACACUGGCCAAUUUCUGUAUGGCCACAUUCAUGGACCCAGGCAUCUUUCCCAGAGCUGAGGAAGACGAGGAUAAAGAGGAUGAUUUCCGGGCUCCGCUUUAUAAGACGGUGGAGGUGCGGAGCAUUCAGGUGCGGAUGAAGUGGUGUUCCACGUGUCGCUUUUACAGACCACCUCGCUGUUCACACUGCUCUGUGUGUGACAACUGUGUGGAGGAGUUUGACCAUCACUGCCCAUGGGUAAACAACUGCAUUGGGAGGCGGAACUAUCGUCAUUUCUUUCUGUUCCUGCUCUCUCUCACUAUUCAUAUAAUGAAUGUGUUUGGCUUCAGUCUGCUCUACAUCCUCCAUCACACUAAACAACUGGACCAAGUCCACUCUGGAGUCACUAUGGCAGUGAUGUGUGUAGCUGGUUUGUUUUUCGUCCCGGUUGCGGGACUCACUGGGUUUCACAUUGUUCUUGUAGCCAGAGGGAGAACCACCAAUGAACAGGUGACUGGGAAGUUCAGAGGCGGCGUUAACCCUUUCACGCACGGAUGUUUGAAAAACAUUGCACAUGUGCUUUGUAGUUCACAGGCUCCAAGGUAUCUCGGUCGGUUGCGAAAGCCUCAUUCUGUCCAGGUCCAGCCGCCGUUCCUGCGUCCACCUCUAUCUGAAGCCCAACUAGCAGCUAAAGUCCUGGAUAAUGGCAUCCAGCAGUCUAAAAGUAGUCUGGAGAUAAUGGAGAGCCAAUCCACCGAUGCUGAUCCCCCUCCACCACCUAAACCAGAGCACAGAUACCCAGGGCUGCCUCACACACAAAAUGAAGAGUGCAGCUUGCUGACUGAGGCUCAGCCCACACCUUCAUUAUAUAAAUACAGGCCGGCUUACAGCAGCCCAGGAAAAAAACCCACAGCCUCAACACAUUCCAGCAAGAUGAGCCGAGGGAACAGUAUGACCGAGUCUCCCUCAGUUCCCAUCACCACCGGCCAGCCCAGCUACCGCUCAGACCCCAGUUUGUCAAGCCAGGGGGGUGCAGGGUGCCGUGGGGGAGGGGAGGGGGCUAGAGUAGGCUCAGGGGGGCUGGGUGGGGCCUCUGCGUUUGGUGGGCGUUCUUAUCCUUCUUUUACCGAUACCUUCCUCCAAUCAGCAGCAGCCUCUUGCUCCUCCAGCCUUCGCUCUGCCCACACGGCUCACAACGCCCUCGGGCCACUUAUUUCUGAGGGCACAACCACCACUAGUUAUAAGAGUUUAGCCAAUCAGACGCGCAAUGGCAGCCUGUCUUACGAAAGUCUGCUGACACCCUCCGAAAGCCCAGAGUUUGAGUCUGCUGCUCAUGAGCUGUCCCCACCCAGACCACACCCUCCGAACUCUCUAAGCACAGCACCAGGGGCCCCGCCUAUUUUGGGGUAUACUUCCCCUUUCCUGUCUGCUCAGCAGAGGGAGGGCUCUCUCCAGGCCUGCCCUGCCCCCCUAAGACCCUCCCCUAACAGAGCUUUCCUGCGCCCAACAAGCUCACCCCCUUCUCGGGCUCCACCCCUUUCUCCUCGUGCCCGCUCAUUGGGCUCCCCUCCUCCUGGUCCCGCCCCUGGCCAUACACCUCUGGGCAAAUCACUGUCCUACACAGGUGGUGCUAAAUUACAACACCACCCAUCUAGCUCAGGGGGUGGGAUUCCAAUGCCGAACUCGACUCUUAGACAAAACAUGGCCAAUCAUAACACCUACUCACACAAACCUGCUGGAGGGGUGAAGAAAGUGACUGGUGUUGGAGGGACAACCUAUGAGAUUUCAGUAUGAAUGACUCACACCUGAGAAUGAGGAUUCACACUGCAGUUUUCCACUUUUGAGCAUGAAUCAGACGGAUGUAGAGCUGCUCAACCACACAUGCAAAAAAGCGUACAAGACAUAAAAAAAUACUGUUUCCAAGUCAAACUUCAUCAGUCACUGUGGAGGACAUUAUCUGUGAAAAUGGACCAGUGAAGAUGAAUCUUACAGCAUUUUGUUUUCUGAAUGUCAAUAUGGUACACAAAUUACAACUUUUUUAGUUAUUUAAAGAAUCAUUUGGUACCUAAAUGUAUUACCAAUUUGUACACAGGACUGUCAGUUAUCUCUGGACAUUCAGCCUUAAUAGGCGGGACCAUGUGAGACACACAGUCAUGUGUAAUGAUAAUGUCUGAUGUCUCUUUGACUUCAACAGAAACCACAGGCCUCACAACAGUCAGCCAAUAAGCAUUUGUAAAAUUUACUACAUUAGUCAUUUUCAGUCCUCAUAUUCCACGGCCUCUAUGUUACGCAGAAUGUUUACAUUGUUUACAUUUCCAUACAAAGUGAAUGGGGAUGGACACUGUCAAUAUCCAAAAAUGACCUAAAAGCACCUCGUGUGCAGUAUUCCAAGUCUUCUGAAGCAAUGCUACAACUUGUUAGAGGAACAGACCGCAAUGUACUGUAGGUUGACUGAAAAUCGUCCCUUCCAUCCCAGCUCUCAAAUCUCAUUUGCACUUUCACAUUCAAAACUGUAACGUCACGUUUGGUCGUGACACUGAAGAACCAAUACCAUUCGGUAUCAUUGAUGUCAAACCUGGGCUGGCAUAACACAUAUUCAAGAAUAAAUGCGCAUGAAAUGACAGUUUUUUCAUUUUUAGGUGAAAUAACCCUUAUCUUUUUUCUUUUCUCCAUAAUUUUAUCAGAAUAUAAUUUUAUACAGGUACAGAUGUAUUAUUAUAAGUAUUAAGUUUGAUAAAGAAGAUAGUAAAAAUAAGAUGCAGGCAUAUGAUGUGUGAUUGUUAUUUUACUUGAAAUGGUGUUUGUCUGAUUUAAAUGGCUGCAUCAGCCGAAUGGAUUUUAUUCAGCCAAAGAGAUGAUCCUGGUCAUGGACCCUGUUUCACAGAUAGCACACUUGGUAGAAGUUACUAGAGCACAAUGUUUAAUGGAAAGUUAUUUUGUUAUCUUAAAUACCGAAGAUAUCAUAUGCAAAAUGUAACUUUUAAGCAUUGAUGUGUCCAGUCCAGAGCCAUACUCUCUUGAUACACUGUUAACCAAUCACAAGAGAGUUUAUUUAUUCAGAUGAGGCCAGUCCUCUGGAUCCCUGCGAGUACAUGCUGGUUGUGCAUGUAGAUUGUGACUUUGUUUUAAAAACCUAAAUUGAUUCUUUCUUUUAUGUUGUUUUUUUUUUUUUACUGGACAUUAGUUGAAAUAAACAGCCAGAGUACAGUGAAGCAGAAUUCCAUUCUUUAUGUCCUCAUACUGUAAAAGGUUGAUUGUGUUUGUGUGUGUGAUUGAAUGAUUGAGAGUGAAGUUGUGUGUUAACCUAUCUGACUGUUGUACAAGAGCACAUUCCAUCUAUAGUUUUGGUUCAGCAAA